ACACUGUCGUCGCCGGUUCUGAGGAGGGUCACUUCCUUGCUGGCUGCCACCACUGCUCAGUGAGUCCCAGGGACUGGAUGCGGCAGAGGGAGCCAGCAUGAUCCUCCUGGCAGUGCUUUUUCUCUGCUUCUUCUCCUCCUACUCUGCUUCUGUUAAAGGUCACACAACUGGCCUCUCAUUAAAUAAUGAGCGGCUAUACAAGCUCACGUACUCCACUGAAGUGUUUCUUGAUGGGGGCAAAGGAAAACCGCAAGACAGCGUGGGCUACAGAAUCUCAUCUGAUGUGGACAUUGUGUUACUGUGGAGGGAUCCUGACGGUGACGAUGAUCAAGUGAUCCAAGUCACGAUAACGGCUGUUAACGUGGAAAAUGCGGGUCAACAGAGAGGAGAGAAGAGCAUCUUCCAGGGCAAAAGUACACCUAAGAUCAUAGGGAAGGACAACCUGGAGGCUCUGCAGAGACCCAUGCUUCUUCAUCUGGUCCGGGGGAAGGUCAAGGAGUUCUACUCCUAUGAAAAUGAGCCAGUGGGCAUAGAAAAUCUCAAGAGAGGCUUGGCUAGCUUAUUCCAGAUGCAGCUAAGCUCUGGAACUACCAACGAGGUAGAUAUCUCUGGGGAUUGUAAAGUGACCUACCAGGCCCAGCAAGACAAAGUGGUCAAAAUUAAGGCUCUGGAUACAUGCAAAAUUGAGCGGUCUGGAUUUACAACGGCAAACCAGGUGCUGGGUGUCAGUUCAAAAGCCACAUCUGUCACUACCUACAAGAUAGAGGACAGCUUCGUCACUGCUGUGCUUGCAGAAGAGACCAGGGCUUUUGCCUUGAACUUCCAACAAACCAUAGCUGGAAAAAUAGUGUCGAAGCAGAAAUUGGAGCUGAAGACAACUGAAGCCGGCCCAAGGAUGAUCCCCGGGAAGCAAGUGGCAGGUGUAAUUAAAGCAGUUGAUUCCAAAUACAAAGCCAUUCCCAUUGUGGGACAGGUCCUCGAGCGCGUCUGCAAAGGAUGCCCUUCUCUGGCGGAGCACUGGGAGUCCAUCAGAAAGAAUCUGGAGCCUGAAAACCUGUCCAAGGCCGAGGCCGUCCAGAGCUUCCUGGCCUUCAUCCAGCACCUCCGGACUUCUAGGAGAGAAGAGAUCCUCCAGAUUCUGAAGGCAGAGAAGAAAGAAGUGCUCCCUCAGCUGGUGGACGCCGUCACCUCUGCUCAGACUCCAGACUCGCUGGAAGCCAUCCUGGACUUUUUGGAUUUCAAAAGCGACAGCAGUAUCGUACUCCAGGAAAGGUUCCUCUAUGCCUGCGGCUUUGCCACCCACCCUGAUGAAGAACUCCUACGAGCCCUCCUUAGUAAGUUCAAAGGUUCCUUUGCAAGCAACGACAUCAGAGAAUCGGUUAUGAUCAUCAUUGGAGCCCUAGUCAGGAAGCUGUGUCAGAAUGAAGGCUGCAAGCUCAAGGCAGUGGUGGAAGCUAAGAAGCUGAUCCUGGGAGGACUUGAAAAACCAGAGAAAAAAGAAGACACCACGAUGUACCUGCUGGCCCUGAAGAAUGCCUUGCUUCCCGAAGGCAUCCCGCUCCUUCUGAAGUAUGCUGAGGCUGGAGAAGGGCCCGUCAGCCACCUGGCCACCACUGUUCUCCAGAGAUACGACGUCUCCUUCAUCACAGAUGAGGUGAAGAAGACCUUGAACAGGAUAUACCACCAGAAUCGUAAGGUUCAUGAGAAGACGGUGCGCACAACUGCCGCUGCUGUCAUCUUAAAGAACCCAUCCUACAUGGAUGUGAAGAACAUUCUGCUGUCCAUUGGGGAACUUCCGAAAGAGAUGAACAAGUACAUGCUCACCGUUGUGCAAGACAUCCUGCAUUUUGAAAUGCCUGCAAGCAAAAUGAUCCGUCGAGUUCUCAAGGAGAUGGCUGUUCACAAUUAUGACCGUUUCUCCAAGAGUGGAUCCUCUUCUGCCUAUACUGGCUACGUAGAACGUAGCCCCCGUGCAGCGUCUACAUACAGCCUUGACAUCCUUUAUUCUGGCUCUGGCAUUCUGAGGAGAAGUAACCUGAACAUCUUCCAGUACAUCGGGAAGGCAGAGCUUCAUGGUAGUCAGGUGGUGAUUGAAGCCCAAGGGCUGGAAGGCUUAAUUGCAGCCACUCCUGAUGAAGGAGAGGAGAACCUUGACUCUUAUGCUGGCAUGUCAGCCAUCCUGUUUGAUGUUCAGCUUAGACCUGUCACAUUUUUUAAUGGAUACAGUGAUUUAAUGUCCAAAAUGCUGUCAGCAUCCGGCGACCCUGUCAGCGUGGUGAAAGGGCUUAUUCUGUUAAUAGACCAUUCUCAGGAUAUUCAGCUGCAAUCUGGACUAAAGGCCAAUAUGGAGAUCCAGGGUGGUCUAGCUAUUGAUAUUUCUGGUGCAAUGGAAUUCAGUCUGUGGUAUCGCGAGUCUAAAACCCGAGUGAAAAAUCGGGUGGCUGUGGUGAUAACCAGCGACGUCACAGUGGAUGCCUCUUUUGUGAAAGCUGGUCUGGAAAGCAGAGCAGAGACAGAGGCUGGGCUGGAGUUCAUCUCCACAGUGCAGUUUUCACAGUACCCGUUCUUGGUCUGCAUGCAGAUGGACAAGGCUGAAGCCCCACUCAGGCAAUUUGAGACAAAGUAUGAAAGGCUAUCUACAGGCAGGGGAUAUGUCUCUCGGAGAAGAAAAGAGAGCCUAGUGGCCGGAUGUGAACUCCCCCUCCAUCAAGAGAACUCUGAGAUGUGCAACGUGGUAUUCCCACCUCAGCCAGAAAGCGAUAACUCCGGUGGAUGGUUUUGAUUCCCGUGGGGGUUCACUUCCAUCAGAACGAUAUGCUUUGAUGUGCCUAACCCUUGCUCUCUGAGAGCACAGUGUUUACAUAUUUAGCUGUAUUUAAGAUGUUUGUAAAGAGCAGUGGAGAACUUCAAUUGAUUAAAGUUGAACCUAUUCAGGAGAAGACCCACAGUGUCCCUCUGAGUCACCAUAUGACACUUAGCAACAUGCUUACUUCUUGAACUUUGCAAAAGUUCUAACUAGUACAUGAGUCUAGUUCUGCAUUGAGAAACUAGUAUUUGUAUAAAAACAAAACAAAAACCUACACCAUAAAAACUUAGGUAAAUGUGAAUUUUAUUCAACAUCUUUUCAGUGAAAGUGAACCCUUGAUAGACCCCUAAGCUUGUUUUCUAUGAAACACACUGCCUAAGAAGGGCAGGGUGAAAGGAACCCAAGCAAACCAUUUUUCUUUUGUUGUUGGUUUGUUCUGUUUGCUUUUCUUCUCUUUCUUUUACUUUUUUCCCCUUCUGGUGUAUAUGGGAAGGUUCUAAGAAAGGAUACAGAUAAGACUUAAAAGAAUUUUGUUAGUCAAUCUUAAGAAUUAAUAUUUAUAUUUUCUGAUAGUUUUAUAAGCGACAAGGCAAGAGACAGAAUUAAAAUGUACGGUGACAUGUCUCUGCUGGCCCCACAGUGAGACCACUUGGAAGUCAUUCACCCUUUUAAAAAAUGGAACUGUCAUACAGGGAAAAAAUUAUUGAGUUUCAGAGUAUCCAUUAGAUUUUUCCCUGGAUGUGUCCUUUUGAUAGUGUAAUGUGGUACAUUGUUCUCUUUGUAGGGGACACCCUUGUAGCUACCACUCUAUCUAUACCUCAAUUGUUGGAAAUAAUCCAUCAAUUUGACUGCAAUUUAUGCAGUCAAUAAAAAUUGGGAUGAUCGUUGCUUCAAGAAAAUGAUGGAUUUGUAUUUCAAAACUAUGAAAUUAAAUAAAGACCAUGUCUAUUUGUGUGAAUUAAAAGGCCACACCAAGCAUUUAAACAUAUUUAUUAGUAAAGCAGAUGUGUUUAUUAUAGUAUCUCACCCCCCCUCCAAAUGUCAGGUACUUGUUAGUCUACUAAAUAAAUGGGAGUUUAAAAUGGAAGUGGAAACACACGAAGUGGACGUUUAGCUGAGGUAGAAAAUAAAUUGUGAUGAUGACAAAUAAACAUUUAUAAUUUACUGAG